AUGAAUUCGACUCCAUUAGAAUCCCUAGAUCUUAAAGGCAGUGCACGGGAUAUCGAGGAUUAUUUUAAACGUUUUGAUAUCUGGUGGUUCACUCGUUUGAAGACCGAUGAGGUAAAGAAAUCCGCUUUCUUUUUGAAUGCUGCCGGUAAAAAUGCUUAUACAUUGAUCAAGAACUUGGCUUAUCCUUGUUCACCUGUUUCUGUACUACAGCAUGUGAACCCUACAAACUUUGAAGCCUCAGAGAGGGCAAAAUGUCAUUCAAUGGUACGCAAUCUGAACCAGGGCAUCAGUGAACUCAUCAUGGAUUUGCUCACACAAGCUGCAAAGUAUGAUUUUGGUUACUUACUGCACAUGCAGUUGAGAGAUCAACUGAGAGCUGUUAAUAACAAUAUUAUUUUGCAAAAUGAACUUCUGAAGCUAUUCACUCCAACGUCUGAACAUAAGCGGACCCAUUGUGAACAAUAUCCUGAUAUUCGCGCCGCUACUUCAUCUAUGCCAUCGACUAUCAAAUCUACAGCCAUGUAA